AUGAGUAGUCCAAAUGUCAAACUGAGGUGUUGUUGUAUACAGCCGUUGGAGAAGCUAGUAUUCUCCGUGUCAUGCUCUUUGAGUGCAGGGCUUGUGCCCCUCACGAAUAAACUUUCAUUCAUUCAACCAGAGUCGGAUGAUACUUUCAUGGACGUCUCGGAGUAG